AUGGGACUGUCGGCAAGCGACGGAGAAAUGAACAGUAAAAAUCAUCAUAUGGUCAUCGUGCUUGGUAUAGGUUUGGGAGUCGUCUCAUUGAUCAUCAUGUGUCUGCUAUUGACCAUCUUCAUCAACCGCCGCGAGCGAACGCCCACCUUCAAGAAAAGCAGAAAAGACCACAGCGAUAAGUUGCGCAGAUUGGACGCAGUCUCGCCGAUCCGAACGCUGGAAGAAUGGUGGUCCAAAUCGAAAGGUCCUCUUUUGCCCUCCGAAGGGGCGGAUGGGCAGUUUAUCUGCGUCGUCUGUCUUGAAUCCGUCCAACGCUCCCAGGAAAUCCGAGAACUCAAAUGUCUGCACGUCUUCCACAAGGAAUGUCUGGAUAAAUGGUAUCUGCAGGACCACUUCAACUGUCCGCUCUGUCAUCGCGCAUAUUAUGUUCAGGAGUCGCGGCCCAGUCACGACUUUGUGUGGAUGGUAUGA